AUGGCUCCUUCAUUCAUGACCAUUGACACAAACGAUAUGGACGUGGAUUUCUCCGUCCAGGCCAAGCGCACCCUCCUCCUAGCACCCCCCUCCAUCGCCACCCAAGAGGACAAACUCCGCGGCCUCUUCAGCACUUUCGACCGCUCAACCACAGACCUACAAAUGCUCGAUCGGCUCUCUUCAGGAGUCGUCUCCCUUCCAGCGGCAACUUACGAUCUCGUACUCAUACUCACCGACACAGACGGCACACGGCGCUCCGAGGCGCUGCAACUCCUCACCCGAGAUGUAUAUGCCACUCUAGUCCCCGCCAUGAAACCGGGUGCCAAGCUGCAAACCCAGGACUCAGCUCUUAAUGCCUCCGAUUCCAUGGAAGCCAUUCUGGCCGGCCUUGUGCAGUCCGACAACGGCUUUGAGAAACCAAAGUUUGAUCCCUCGGCCGCUGUCCCUUUGAAGUUCGGCCUGAAGAAGAAGAAUAAGUCUACCGCGCCAGCCACAGUUCCCAGUAUUCCCAAGGGAUUCGAAGCACCGAUGGGGAUCGACGCGCCAACUAAUCACGACCGCGACGAUGAUGAUGAGCUCAUUAAUGAAGAUACGCUUCUCUCCGAGGAGGAUUUAACAAGACCUAUAAUGCCGCCCCCAGAGUGCCAACCAAAGACCGGCCGCCGGCGACGCGCCUGCAAGGAUUGCACAUGUGGUCUGGCCGACAAACUCGAAGCAGAGGAUAGGGAGCGCCGUGCAAACGCAGAUAAAGAAUUGAACGUGAUGAAGCUGGAUACGGGGGAUUUGGCCGAGCUGGACUUCACCGUUGAAGGCAAGACUGGUUCUUGUGGAAGCUGUGCUCUGGGUGAUGCCUUCCGCUGUGACGGUUGUCCUUACAUGGGUCUUCCUGCCUUUAAGCCAGGUCAGGAGGUUCAGAUUCUGAAUGAUGUUGCGCAGCUUUGA